UUGAGUGAGUGAGCAGCGACAGUCGUGAGUUAAGUAGAUGGAGAGAGAAAAAGGAGGGAGGGAGGGAGUGUGAGAAAGUGUGUGUGUGAGGGAGAGAGCUUCUCAGUUUCCUUAGCAGCGCCGUCUCAUUCCUCCACAGUCGCGCUUCAGUCCGCAGAGAGCUCUCCACCGGGCUCCCGCCACGACUUUGACAUCCAUUGCCUUUCAGACUUUGGGCUCCCUCCAAGUUUCCCCCCCCGGCUGUUAUGAAGGAAAGGGCCGACGAUGGCAAGUUGAUCCCGGCUCCAGUCUGAACAGCCCUGCACAUUAGUCGCACAGAUAAUUGUUCCUGUGGCCAGAGAGGAUGGAUCCGCGGGCGGAGAACGGGAGCGCGGUGGAGGUGUUGGCGCGCUGCGCGGAGCUGGGGAACCUCAGCGUGGAAGUUGGCAACUACAGCAUGAGCUGCGGCAACGUGUCCGUCCUCCCUAGACCCUCCAGCAGACCCAAAGAGAUGGACUCGCUCCGUAUCCUGCUCUACACACUCAUCUUCCUGCUCAGCGCCUUUGGCAACCUGCUGAUCAUUGUGGUCCUGAUACUCAACAAGCGCAUGCGGACCGUCACCAACUGCUUCCUGUUGUCGCUGGCGGUCAGCGACCUGAUGAUGGCCAUCUUCUGCAUGCCCUUCACCCUCAUCCCCAACAUCCUGGAGGACUUCAUCUUUGGAGCAGCCAUGUGCAAGAUCGUCACAUACUUAAUGGGGGUCUCGGUCAGCAUCUCCACAUUCAGCCUGGUGGCCAUCGCCAUCGAGCGCUACAGCGCCAUCUGUAACCCUCUGAAGUCCCGCGCGUGGCAGACCCGGUCCCACGCCUACCGCGUCAUCGCCACCACCUGGGCAGUGUCGCUCGUGAUCAUGGUGCCCUACCCGGUGUUCAGCGUCAUCAGGACUUUCCCAAAGGGCAACCACACGGUGGGACGCAUGUGUCGCCUGGACUGGCCCAGUCAGCAAGCUGAGCAGGCCUGGUAUGUGCUCCUGAUGUUCACUCUAUUCUUCGUCCCGGGAGUGGUGAUGAUUAUAGCCUAUGGUCUGAUCUCCAGAGAGCUCUAUCGAGGCAUGCAGUUUGAAAUGGACCAGAGCAAAGAGACCACUGGCCAGAAGAAUGGUGUAGGCAGAGCUGCAGCAGCGGCGGCAGCGAAUGACGAUGAUGAUGGCUGCUAUGUCCAGGUGUCCAAAAAGCCCGCCUCCUCUGUGGAGCUCCCCACCCUGUCCGCCUCGUCGGGUGCGACCCAAGCCAAGACCGAGCGUGCCCGCAGCAACACCUCCGAAGCCAAGCUGCAGGCCAAGAAGCGAGUCAUCCGCAUGCUGAUGGUGAUCGUAGCCCUCUUCUUCAUCUGCUGGAUGCCCCUGUAUUCAGUCAACACCUGGAAGGCCUUUGACCUGAGGUCCGCUGCCAGAGCUCUCUCGGGGGCGCCCAUCUCCUUCAUCCACCUGCUGUCGUACACCUCGGCUUGCGUCAACCCCAUCAUUUACUGCUUCAUGAACACGCGCUUCCGCAAGGCCCUGCUCUCCACCUUCUCCUGCUGCUGCCACAACCGCUUCUGCCGCAAGUGCUGUUGGUACAGGAGGCGGGAGGGAGGAGAAGACGGCGCCACUGCCACCUCCAUGGCCACAUCCAUGGCAACCUCCAUGUCCAAGUUCAGCUACACCACCGUCAGCACCACCGGCACAUGCUGAGCCUCGCAGAGAGCCGGGGUGGGGGUGGUCGCGUCAGUGGCUGUCGGGCGUUACUGUGCGUACCAUCUGUUUUUUUUGUUUUUUUCAAUCUUCUGUUUGUCACUCUGCGGCCUAAUAAGCUUUGAGUCACGUGCUGAGUAAUGUUCCUGCCCCUCCUUCAUAUUCUGUGUGCAUGGUUGCAAGCGGGGGAAACAAAACUCUUUUUUUUUUCAGUUUAGUGACAUUCUUUUCAUUCUGUUUAAAUUUGGCAGCAUCCGCUUUGUUGCAUCCCGAAGAAAACAUCAAGUGCCUGUGCUCUUUGUGUGGCUUCGUUUGUCAUGACGCUUCGUUCACUAGCUGGUGGACACUUUAGGGGGGACAUCAGAAAGUCCUGUGUACAUAUAAAUACUGUCUCUGUGUUGUGUGCCAAAGGUAAAUGUUCUGACAGAGAAAUACUGUUGAACUUGUGAAUAAGAAUUUUGUUCAUUUUAUUUCUUCUUUAUUCAUUCAGGUGUUUAUCUCUCUUCUUUUUGUUCUUCCGUUCUUUGAUGAGAAUUAUUCUUCUGUUGGUCUACGAGCAUUUAUUUGAUUUUAAUGUUACGUUUGAUUAUUUUCAUAUUUUAUUUAUUAUUCUUUUUUUUUCAUGGAAUGUCAGGAAGAGCGACGGAAAAAAAAUGUCCACAACCAAAGCAGAAUUUAGUGCAUUAAAAACAUAUAUAUAAGAAGAGAGUGCCAGAAUUAAGGUAAAUGGACAUUUGUCUAAUAGAAUAUAUUAGACUCUUUGUGUAUGUAUUAAAUGUGAUAUGAAAGGUAUAGUUCAUAUUGUAGCUGGGGGAUAUCAUCAAAUGGGAAGACUGUAGAUGAAGAAUGGUGUAAAAUGCGAAUAACGCAGUGAUGCUAGAUGUCCCCUGAAGCCUUUUCUGGGAUAAUGUAAAAGGAGGAAGAUAUUUAGUCUUAAGUGAAUGAAUUACACGAGUGCAGAUAAAUGAAGAAACGCAGGGUGUGGACUGUUGGAAUUACUCUAGACGACUGUUUGUUCAGUGUUGUAUUGUACUCUGUACGCUGUUUUGUCCUCAACUGAGAAAUCAAUUAAAGAAAAAGUCUUUUGAAGAAGAUGCCCACAACCCCGAGUCCGGAGCAGUUUUUUUUUUCUUUUUUUUUCUGUUUUUGGUUUCUACAGUGAAUGUCACGCCAUCGGGGUUUUGCAUAUUGUAUCCUCAUCUUUGGUGUUUGGUGUUUUUGCCCCUGAUUAUGAUUAGUUUCUCCCUGUGUGUCGGUCUCACCUGUGUCUCGUCAACCCCUCUGCCCGCGUGUGUGUGUGUAUAUAAAGCCGUGCCUUUCUCUUUGUUAAAUCGUCUGUGCAGUUGUUUCGAUUCUUUGUGCAUCACUGUGUUCUGAACUUUGCUUUUUUUGUUACAUUUUCAAGUCAGAAUUAAACCUUCAACGUGUGCACGUCUG